CAUUACUUUACUUGCAUCUUUUUUGCUUUUUAUAAGGAUGGUGUGCUAAUCCCACUUUCCAGUGAUUGGUCUUAUUACCAAUUAUUUUUCUGGUCAUCAACGCAGAAAAUCAGACCACAGCACAUGCUUUAAUAAUUUAAUUUGGUAUUUCCUCAAUCUGUCAUUUUUCUGACUAAAUAAAUUAACAAAAGUAGGCCUUCCACAUGCCCUCGUUGACCAACGUCAGACGAAAAAAGUGAAAUUAUCCAUGGCCGGCGCCGGAGCUAGACCUUUCUCCGUCGGCAUCUCGCCGUUGAACCCCAGCCGGAACAAAUAUCUCGUCGCAGGGAAGCUUCGACCAACCCCAAAACCCAAUCUUUCGGUUCUUGCAUCAUCCGCGCCCACAGAAAAGCAGUCGCCGCGGCAGGCAGCUCCAGCAGGCGUCGCCGUAAACGGCGUCGUUCGACCGAAGCCGUCGGCCGAGGCGCCGCCAGGAGAGCAGGCGACGGAGCCGCAGAACGGGGAGUUGACGUCGAAAGAUUACUUCGAGCAGUCGGCCGAGCUGAUUAGCAGAUCCGACGGCGGACCGCCCCGGUGGUUCUCGCCUUUGACCGACGGUCAACGGCCAGGAAAUUGUCCUGUCCUGCUCUCUUUGCCUGGGGUUGAUGGAGUUGGACUUGGACUAUUAUUGCACCAUGAGAGACUUGGCAAGAUUUUUGAUAUAUGGUGCUUGCACAUCCCCUUGGCUGACCGAACGCCAUUCGCAGAACUAGUGAAGCUUGUUGAAAGCACGGUGAGGUUAGAGCAUUCACGUAACCCAAACAGACCAAUAUAUCUUGUGGGUGAAUCUUUCGGAGGAUGCCUUGCGCUUGUUGUUGCUGCACGUAACCCAGAUAUCGACCUCAUACUAAUCUUGGCCAAUCCAGCUACAUCUUUCAGCAGAUCCCAGUUGCAGCUACAAACUCUUUUACCGUUGUCAGCGAUAUUGCCCGAGCAGCUCUUUCACGGCCUGCCUUAUUUGCUUACUCUACUGACAGGUGCGCCACUAAAGAUGGUGGCAGAGGCUACCAGCAAAGGUCUUCCUUUGGAACAAGUGAUUAGGAAUCUAACUCAGGAGACUAUGGCAAUGUUGUCCAAUCUUUCUGCCAUGUCCGAUUUAUUAACUCUUGAAACAAUUCUCUGGAAGCUUGAUUUGCUGAAAUCGAGCUCAUCAUUCGCCAACUCACGUCUUCAUGCUGUGAAAGCUCAAACUCUAAUACUUGCUAGGUGGAUAGAAUGGGCCACGAGUCCCGUAAUGCUGUCGACUCUAUGGAACGGGGAAAUAGUGAGAAGUCUUGGUGGGGUCCCUUGUGAUGGGCCCGUUUUGUAUGUGGGCUACCACAUGAUGCUCGGGCUUGAACUAGUACCUCUCGUGUCCCGUUUUUGGAGGGAAAGGAAUAUUCUUUUACGAGGAAUGGCUCACCCAAUGAUUUUCACCAAGCUACGGGAAGGAAAAUUACCUGCUUUGUCGGCUUACGACACCUUCAGAACAAUGGGAGCAGUUCCAGUAUCCGCACCUAAUUUCUAUAAACUUUUUUCAUCCAAUUCUCAUAUUUUGCUUUAUCCGGGAGGAAUGCGCGAGGCUCUUCACCGCAAGGGCGAAGAAUACAAAUUGUUCUGGCCUGAACGAUCGGAGUUUGUUAGGAUGGCGGCAAAAUUUGGAGCCAAAAUCGUGCCAUUUGGUUCUGUUGGAGAAGAUGACUUCGGUCAUUUACUUCUCGACUAUGAUGACCUUAUGAGGAUUCCGUAUUUCAAGAAUGAGAUUGAAGAUCUAACAGACGAGGCAGUCAAGUUGAGGAGUGAAGCUGCGGGAGAGGUUGCGAAUCAAGAUGUUCACCUUCCAAUUAUUAUGCCUAAAGUCCCGGGCCGAUUUUAUUACUUAUUCGGGAAGCCAAUAGAAACACAAGGGAGGGAAGAGGAAUUGAAAUGCAGAGAAAAAGGUCAUGAGUUGUAUUUACAAGUGAAGUCUGAGGUUGAAAAAUGUCUUGCUUAUUUGAAGGAGAAGAGAGAGAAUGAUCCAUACCGGAAUAUAUUCGCUCGUUUGAGUUACCAGCUGGCUCAUGGCUUUGACUCUGAGGUACCUACUUUCGACUUUAGAAAAGCUCGAUGAAUACAGAACCUACAACUGCAAUCAUCUCGAUUCAUUAUUUCAAAUUGGGGAAGAAUUUGAAAUGUUAUGUAGGUAUGCAGGAAAAAAAUAUUUAAAAAUCAAGAAAAUCGAUUAUAUUUGUACUGGAAUUGUUAAUGUGCCAUGCCAAUAAUGAUGACCUAGAAAGUUGUAUCUGAUCCAAGUUUUAGAAAAAACUUGAACGUUGUAUCUGAUCAAAAUUCAUUUUGCAUGUCAAUUCUAUUUCCGUUUUACAUAUCAUCAAUCAUUUGAUUUCAGUUCCUCCAAUUUUAAGAGAAAACAAAUAUUUAACAGCUUUUG